AUGUGGUUCACCGAAAGACAGAACCGUUACAUCUGCCAUGUAUGCAACGAUCUCUUCGAGUACCCGAAUCCAUUAAAAAUCCACCUAGCCCUGAAAUGUAAUCGACUGGACACUAAUCAUUUUUGGACCUCGCUAGCGACAGAGUUCGGCUCGCCACAUAAGUCGAGCUUGUCCUUCAGCCUGUUCCCGCAACCACCGUUCAGUUUGCAAUUGAGAAAAUCGCCAGAGGAUUAUCGCCAGAUUUUAAUAGGCGCCAACGUUCCCGUUACAAACGAUAAUUCGUCCCAUUCGUCGGGCCAAGCCUCGCCAACAUCUUCGAAUCAGAUAUCUCCGAACUCCACGCCUAAGCCGAUCUCAUCAAACUCGUCAAAUCCUCCUGUAGUGAAAGAUUUUAAUUUAAUUCGACAAUCAGCGUUCAAGCCUUACACGAACCAAGAGCCCGUUUUAAGAACGUACACCAUUCCACCGACCGCUCCAGCACCCAUCGCCAACGUCCACGCCGCUCAGCUGGAGACCAUAGUCAGCAGCAUAGGUGCAACGGAAUGGGGACACCUCUGCAUCUACUGUGGGAAAGUCUAUUCCAGGAAAUACGGAUUAAAACUUCAUAUCAGGACUCAUACUGGAUACAAACCGCUUAGAUGCAAAUAUUGUUUGAGACCAUUCGGUGAUCCAAGCAAUUUGAACAAGCACAUGCGAGUGCAUACCGACGGCGAAACACCUUACACGGGCGACUUGUGCGGUACAAUUAUGGUCAGAAAACGAGAUCUCGAAAGGCACAUCAGAUCGAGACAUUAAGAGAUCGGGAACAACAGUUCAGAUUCAUCGUUCGACGACACCGAUACAUAACUAUACUUGAGUUCCCGAAUGACUAGGAGCGUUCCGCGCAACUUGAAAGGUGGUGGGGGCCGCAGCGAACGUCUCAGGCCUCCUACCAUGAGUUAAUCGCCGCCUUACCGACCACAGUUUGAAUAGAGUAUGCCAACAGGUGGUGGGCCACCUGUAAAUCUCGUUGAACAACCAGACCCCGAAAUUUCGGCUAUAACGCCCGGACUGAUGUACGCGGUACCUACCGGGAUUGUACACUUCGAAUGACAGAAUUGUUGAAACGCAUAAUGACGAACAAUGUUGUACAAAGUAGAUGAUAAUUAAAAGCAGACCGCGAAAUAAUAGAGCAGCCACUAUUUACACCACACAUGGAAAUAGACGAACAUACUGAUUGUCCUAGCGUGAAUGAUGAUCACUGAAGGACGCCGGAAGAUACUAUUAUUCCGAAGAACACCAGCGACGAUCAGGAAACAUUAGCACGAUCAGAACGAGAGAAAUUGUUAUUAGUAGACGCUAGAGAGCAUUUACAACACAGGCGGCAGAUGAGACAGAUGGAGAUAGACUUUUUUAAAAUGAAAAGUGAAUUAGAAUUAGAAAUAUUACGCGAAAGACUAAAAUCUGUAAAAAAAUUCGCACUGAAUUUCUUUUUCAACUGGGUUAGCGCAGAUUUUUAUGGUUUUUAUGUACUUCUGUAAAAAUGAAAAACGGCUUUACGUCUUUCCCGUUGCAUGCUUUUUAUCUUUGGAUGUACCUAUGCAAAAAUGGAAAGCGGUUUUAAAGUUGCACAUAUAAAGUAAUUAGAGAAUAAAGCUUCUAUUGUCGACAUACAACUGUCCACUCAUUAUUCCUCCUUCCCAACAUU